CUUCCAUAUCCUAAGGUUACAUAUUUUACAGUAGACUGACCUAACCUUUGUGCCCCGCACUGAUGGAGCCUAGCAACCCAUCGGCGCAAGUAAACAAAGGCACCGACAGCCCUGCAACUUGCAACUUGCAACUUGCAACAUUCAAGCCCGCAUGAAUUUCAUAUGAAGCCUUCGCAUCACAGCACAUCAUCGGCAACAGCUUAAACCACGACAUCGAGGAGUAUACCAACAACAACAAUAAGUUAAGGCAAGCAUACGGUAGCCGACCAAUAUGGCAUCAGUAUUCGAGCCUUCCAUGUCUGCAAGCUUGAGUCGCCAGCUCCCAAUCUCUGCGACAGCACCCUCGAUGGCCGACUCGCUGCCCGACAUAAACUUUGGCUUCGACGAUCUACGCGAUCGCAUGGCCAAGUUCACCGCCAAGUUCGACGCAUUCAUCGAGCAAGGCCGCAAGCGCGUACUCGAAGAGCGCAACCAGUUCCGGAUGAAUGUCGCAGAAUUGCAAGAGGAUCAACGCAUGAAGAAGAAGGACAUCGAGAUCUUGCAGCUCAAGACCUCGACGCAUCAACAGACCAUAUCCAAAGAAGCCGCCGAGACGCGCGAAAUGCAGGCCGCGAUCGCCUCCUUGACUCAGCAGCGCGACAAGAAUCAGGAACACCGCGAUACGCUCAAGCAGCAGAUCGCCGAGACGCAGAAAGAGAUUGACGCAAAAUUGGCUGCUCAGCGUGCGCAUGCUGCGUACAUGGAGACACAGUCGCGGUUCAACGUCCCCGAGUUAGACUUCUGGAUGUCCAAUCUGUGCAUGAAGAUAGAAGGCGCAGGCCAGACAGACAGGUUAAAAUUCGUAUAUAGCCAUGUGGACGAAAGGGACUGGGAACGAGAAGCUUAUUUUGAGCUGUGCACGGGUUCUAGGGACUACGACGUGAGGCACUGCCGUCCAAAAUUGGAGAGAGAGAAGGUUGAACGGGUACUGGAAAAGGUCAACGAGACGAGAGAGCUUACUACACUGUUGAAAGGAAUGAGGGAACUAUUUGUUGAGGCGAUGAAGGGGUAGGCGGAGGAAUAUGGACAACCUAGCAGACUUUGAAAGAGUAUUUGAACACUCUCUUUCAUCUUGUGUCGGGUGCCAUGCAUCAUACAACUGUUCACACUUUUCUCCCAUACUUUCUGGAUACACAUACUGGCAGGCCAUACCAAAGUUGCCAGGACUGUAGUGGUUCUUGCUCUCCAGGUUGGAAGAUUUGCAAUACUAUUAUUAAGAGCAAACGCCUUAAGCAUAGGAUUUGGUGGUUCCAUUUGAGUGUCUUGACUAAGCUUUCACAGCUUGCAUACCAUGGAGAUUGGAAUGAUAGAACAUUGAUCAUUGUAUUAAUUCU